AUGGAAACUAAAGAGAACAUGGAAAAAGCACCACCACCCACCGAGGACGCCCUCGAGUGCGGCGGCCAGACACCGCCGUCGGACAAGAAAGUCUCUGCGUUCAAGUCCCUCGGGCUGCUGGAUCGCUUCCUGGCCGUCUGGAUCUUCCUCGCCAUGGUGAUUGGCAUCCUGCUCGGGAACUUCGUGCCGCACAUUGGCCAGUCGCUGCAGCGCGGCCAGUUUGUCAACGUCUCCGUGCCCAUCGCAAUUGGCCUGUUGGUCAUGAUGUAUCCCAUUCUCUGCAACGUCCGGUACGAGACGCUGCACCUCCUUCUCCGCCAAAAGGAGCUGUGGAAGCAGAUUGGUUUUUCCGUCUUUAUCAACUGGGUCGUUGCGCCCUUUUUCAUGAUGGCCCUUGCAUGGGCGUUCCUCCCCGACGAGCCCUCCCUCCGCGCCGGGCUCAUCCUCGUCGGGCUCGGGCGCUGCAUCGCCAUGGUGCUCAUCUGGAACGGGCUCGCGGGCGGGGACCCAGAGUACUGCGCGAUCCUCGUGGCCGUCAACUCGGUGCUGCAAAUGGUUCUCUUUGCGCCGCUCGCCAUCCUCUUCCUGCGCGUCAUCUCGCGCAGCGGCAGCACGCCGAGCCUCUCGUACGGCGUCGUCGCCACGAGCGUCGGCGUCUUCCUCGGCAUCCCCCUCGGCGCCGCCAUCCUGACGCGGCUCGCGCUGCGGCGCGCCAAGGGCGGCGACUGGUUCCAGCGCGUCUUCCUGCGCUGGCUCGCCCCGUGGUCGCUCAUCGGCCUGCUCUACACCAUCAUCGUGCUCUUCGCCUCGCAGGGCGCGCGCGUCGUCCAGCAGGUCGUGUCCGUCGUCCGCGUCGCCGCCCCCUUGGUCGUCUACUUCAUGUGCAUCUUCUUCGCCACGCUCUGGGCCACGCGCCGCCUCGGCUUCGGGUACCGCCUCGGCUGCACGCAGAGCUUCACCGCGGCCAGCAACAACUUUGAGCUGGCCAUUGCCGUCGCCGUCGCCACUUUUGGACCCGAUAGCGACCAGGCGCUGGCCGCGACGGUCGGGCCGCUGAUUGAGGUGCCCGUCCUAAUUGGGCUGGUGUAUCUUGUCAGAUGGCUCGGCGCGCGAUGGAACUGGAAGGAGUAG